UAAUUGUUGCUAUUACUUUUACUUUUCUUGCCGCAAUUAGAGUGUCUACCUAUGAUACUUUGUUGGCUUAUGUUAUACGGAUUAACUACUUGUUGUCUUUUGUGCAUGAUUCUUUUUAAUAUUUUAUCAACCAUAUGACAAGAUUUGGAAAAUGAUCUUCAAUAAUUUAGCGAAAAUUCUUGCAUACUUUUUCUUUUCUGCAGAAAGUCAAAACCCUUAUUUUGCUUUGAAAGGGGGUCCUUGAUUUUGUCAGCCUUUGGUGUUUGUUAUUAGGGAGCCGUGGAAAGAUGAAUCAUAUAGAUCUAUCUGUAGAUCAUGUUUGGUGGUUAUUUGGCUAAUGCCUACUCUUGUAUUUGGAAGCGGUAGCUUUUCCGAAUCCUUUGGCAAUAUUUAUGGAAUUUCACCUCCUCAUUUGUGUGUCUUUUGUUAGUGGGAUUGGAGCUCUUUGGAUUUUUUUGUUUAGCCUUAGUAGGUUGUGGAAGAUUAUUUUAUAUGACUCUCUUCAUGAUGGAGUAAGAGGGGAAGGCCAUGCUAAAGUCUAGUAUGGGCUAUGGUGUGAUAUGUUUGUAUGUCUCUGAUUGUCUAUUGGUAGAUUUGUCAUACAAACGGAGUAUGUGCAUAGUGGGUUGAUCAGUUAAAGCAACAUUGAUGUUUCUAGGUUGGAUUCUUCUUUCUUAAUCGGAUUUGUGAAGGGAGGAUUCCCUAAUUUGGAUAAGAUUAUUGGCCUUAAAAGUGUAUUUAAAAUCCAAAUUUUGGAGUCAAUCUUUGUCAUGUGGUACCUUAUGUCCCUAUCCUGUUUAGGUUAUCAGAAAAUAUGUGGACCUUUCAUCAGGAUGUUUGAGGAAUGAUCAAGGAGUGGUAGGAUAAGUAUAAUGUUAUAAUUAGAUGGGCUUUGGAUUAUGAGGAAGCUAUAAUUUUCCGCAAUGGGCGAGAGCCUGACGGAGCAAUGCCGCAUGGAGGUAGAAGGCCCACGGGCCGUGAACUUCUUUUCCCGGAGAAGAAGCAAUGACGGUAUUCGGGGAAUAAGCAUCGGCUAACUUUGUGCCAGACUGCCAGCAGCCGUGGUAAGACAUAGGAUGCAAGCAUUAUCCGGAAUGAUUGGGCUAUGUGAAAGAAAAGUUCAAGGAUUUUGUGAUGUUUGGGUGAGAGAGGGAUAUGCUUUUAAAAAACUUAAGUUAGUUCGUGUUGGUGACGUUUUGUAGAACAAGGAGCAACGUAUUUUUGAGUAAUGAUUUGUGGAAGAACAUGGAGUAAUUGAUGUUGGAGAACAAGAUUUGAUAGCCAAUUUGUUACUUAAGGUGUUGAAUGGUAGGGUAGUCUUAGCGGUCAUAUAAAGGUGACCCUUGCCUCAAAAGAAUACUUUGCUCCUUAGAUGAUUGACCUAGAAAAGUGAGGUUCUUUGGCUCCAUGAUUUUGUUCACUAGUGUGUAUAAGAUCUUAUUAAAGGUAAAGUGUUUAUCGUAGUGCUUUGAAGUAUGUCUUUGGGCAAAGUGCUUUUUAUUCAUAAAUCUUUGAUGCCACACUAGGAUGGAGUAAUUUUAAAUUGGAAUUUAUGAAAGCAUAUUAUAAAAUAUAUGGUAAAUUAUGGGGUUUAGAUAGAUUUUUAAAGUGUAAGAGUUUUGGAACUCAUUGGAGACUUUGUGGUGAUGAAUUUUGGGUUGUUUUCUAAUGCAUGUUUCAUAGAGAAUUAGAAGCCUAGAUUUUAGUUUACUGAUCACAGGGAGAGACCUGCAAUGUCAUGAUUUGAAUCUGUUGACGCUGAGAAUUAUUGUACACUCGUGCCUUUUGUUGCCAAGCAUGUGAGGUUGAAUCAAUUGGGGGCUUGUACGUGCAUCGAGGGUGAACUUUGAAAUAUGCGGCACACUUUUGCUUGUUGAUGGCAGGUUUGUGGCAAUGAUACAAAAUAGGGAUUAGACACACAUAGUUGACACAAGUAAUCAUGACUUAGGCGUUGAGCAGGACUCUGUUAGGAAAACAAUUUGAAUAAUAAGAGCAUAUUAUCACAAGAUCUGACACACCCCUGGAAUCCUCACAACUCGUGUGCUAAAGAGAAAGGGAUAACCCGGAUGAAGCUUAAAUUGAUUCAGUCGUUAAUGAUCAAACAAAGAGGGUUGUUACAGGGUAGCAAUUUUUCCUUUUGACACACAAAUCAUUAUGAAAUCUAAAGGCUAACAAUGUGAAAAAACAAACUUAUUCUAUUUUUAGUUAGUUUAUAUAAAAAACAGUAAUCUAUUCUAAGCUAAUGGAAUGAUAUUGUUUGCUUGUAAUUUAUUCACGCAAGAAAUAUAGGAUUACCUUUAACUUUGUAAGGUUAUCUUGAUUUCAUGUAAAGUAUAGAUAGAGAUGUAAUCUCAUUUAAAAUAUAGACGAGAAAAAUAUAUAUAUUUUAUUUCCUGGGCAAUUCUAUCUCUUCUUAUUAUAGUUUUGGAAUUAGCAAAUUCCUUUCUCUUACAGUUGGUAUCAGAGCUAGGAUUAGUUUCUAUAUUUUGCAAGUUUGUUAUUUGAAUAAUGGCAGCAGCUACAAAUAACACAGUGCAAGUUCAACUCCCAAAAUUGAACGGGAAAAACUAUGAUAAUUGGUCCAUUCAAUUAAAGGUGUUUUUCCGUUCUCAAGACAUGUGGAGUAUAGUGGAGAAUGGUUUCACAUAUGUUACUGAGGCAGCGGCAUAUGCUGCUCUUAGUCAGGAUGCCAAAAAUACUUUAUUGGAAACACGCCGAAAAGAUCAAAAGGCGUUAUAUCAUAUUUUUAGGCAGUGGAGGAGCCUGUAUUUCUAAAAAUAUCUAUGGCAGAAACAUCGCAUGAGGCAUGGAAAAUUUUGCGAAGUUCUUUCAAAGGUGAUGAACGUGUCAAGCAGAUACGUUUGCAAACACUACGAGGGGAAUUCGAGUCACUAUGCAUGGAUGACUCAGAAUCAAUAUCAGCCAAUUUUGACCGUGUACAAUUAAUUAUCAAUCAAAUGAGAAUUAACGGUGAAAAUGUUGAAGAUGAAUGAGCUGUACAAAAGGUUAUACGAUCUCUAAAUAGUGAUUUUGAUGGUAUCGUUUCCGCUAUCGAAGAAGCACACAAUUUGUCAACCUUGUCCAUUGAAAGGUUGUUGAGCUCGUUGACAUCUCAUGAGCAAAGGAUGAGACAACGAGGUAAAAGUUCCAAUUCAGAACAAGCUUUGCAAACUAGAGCAAAUGUGAGCAACCGUGGUGGUUACCAUGGUGGUCGUGGACGAGGUCGUGGUAGAGGAAGAGGUAGUAAUUUCUCUUCUUAUAACAGAGAUAAAAAUGUGGAAAGCAGAUCUACUGGAGACUCGAAAAAGACACCGUUUGUACGCCGUGAUAAAUCAAAAAUUCAGUGUCACAGGUAUGCAGCACCUAUAGAAGCUCAUAUAGAGUAUGUCACGGAAAGUGGUGGAAAAAAGGAAGUACAUGAGAAGAAAGAUGUAAUUAUAGGAAGAAUGCCUGUCAUGUUACGAAGUCGUUGCUGUGUACUAUAUGGGAAGGAUGAGACGGAGCUAGCCAAACUUGGUGAAUGCCCCCUUGAUCCUGGAGGUUAUUUUAUCGUGAAAGGAAAUGAAAAGGUGAUUAUGAUCCAAGAGCAACUUUCAAAUAACAGAAUAAUCAUUGAAAUUGAUAAAAAGGGAAAUUUGGCCGCAUCUGUUACAUCUAGCGGUGUAGCACUAAGGAGUAAAUCUGUUAUAGUAAUGGAAAAAGAGAAGAUAUACCUACAACUGAAUCAAUUUCAGUCCAAGGUUCCCAUUAUGGCGGUGAUGAAGGCUAUGGGAAUGCAGAGUGACCAAGAAGUUGUACAAAUGAUUGGACGAGAUCCGCGUUAUAGCUCUUUACUUUUGCCUUCUAUUGAGGAAUGUGCAGGUUUUGGUGUACAUUCACAACAACAGGCACUUGAAUUUCUGGAGAAAAAGGUCAAACCAUCACAAUUUCCUAGUGCUUUACCUCAAAAGGAAAAUAGAGCUUUGAAAAUUCUUCGGGAUGUAUUUAUUGCUCAUGUUCCGGUGCGUGAGAACAACUUUCGCUCUAAGUGUACAUACGCUGCUGUGAUGCUGAGGCGGAUGCUAGAUGCAUUCUUAAAUAAAGCUGCUGUAGAUGACAAGGAUUAUGUGGGGAACAAGCGGUUUGAACUCUCUGGACAGUUACUCUCACUGCUUUUCGAGGACUUGUUCAAGACGAUGGGGGAAGAAGUCAAAAGAAAGGUGGAUGCGGUAUUAAUGAAAAAAAGUCGGUCUAGCAGAUUUGAUUUCUCCCAGCAUAUCAUUAAAGAUACUAUUAGCUUUGGUUUAGAAAGAGCUCUUUCAACUGGCAAUUGGUGCGCCAAGCGGUUCAGGGUAGACAGGAAAGGCGUGACACAGGUACUUGCAAGGCUGUCUUACAUUCAAGCAUUGGGUUUUCUCACAAAGAUUCAACCACAAUUUGAGAAGUCGAGAAAAGUUAGUGGACCUAGAGCUUUGCAACCUAGCCAGUGGGGAAUGCUCUGUCCAUGUGAUACACCAGAAGGUGAAUCUUGUGGAUUGGUAAAGAACCUGGCAUUGAUGACUCAUGUUACUACUGAUGAAGAGGAAGGCCCGUUAGUAUCUUUGUGUUACGAACACGGUGUUGAGGACCCGGGACUACUCUCUGGUGAAGAGCUGCACUCAUCAAAGUCAUUCGUUGUAAUGUGUAAUGGGCUUAUUCUUGGCAAGCAGAGAACACCACAGAAAUUUGCCAAUGCUUUAAGAAGAUUGCGAAGAUCUGGAAAGAUUGGGGAGUUUGUCAGUGUGUUUGUGAAUCAACAGCAGAGUUGUGUAUAUAUUGCAUCUGACGGGGGUCGUGUCUGCCGCCCUCUAGUCAUUGCUGAUAAAGGCGUAUCAAGGAUUAAACAACAUCAUAUGAAGGAGUUACAAGAUGGAGUGCGUACCUUUGAUGACUUUUUGCGUGAUGGUUUGAUUGAAUAUCUUGAUGUUAACGAGGAAAAUAAUGCCUUGAUCGCAUUGUACGAGGACGAAGCCGAACCGGAAACAACUCAUAUUGAAAUUGAGCCUUUCACAAUCUUGGGUGUUAUUUCUGGCUUAAUCCCUUUUCCCCAUCACAAUCAGUCACCUAGAAAUACAUAUCAGUGUGCUAUGGGGAAGCAAGCAAUGGGAAAUAUUGCUUAUAAUCAGCUAUUCCGGAUGGACACAUUACUGUAUCUCUUAGUAUAUCCUCAAAGGCCGCUGCUGACAACAAAAACAAUCGAAUUGGUGAAGUAUGACAAGCUUGGUGCUGGACAAAAUGCAACUGUUGCUGUGAUGAGCUAUAGUGGAUACGAUAUAGAGGAUGCUAUUGUUAUGAAUAAAUCAUCAUUAGAUCGUGGUUUUGGACGUUGUAUAGUGAUGAAGAAGAAGAGUACAAUCAUGCAGAGGUUUGAGAAUAAUGCAUCUGAAAGAAUAAUUCCACCGAAACGAGAAGGAUAUUCUGCAGAAAGAAUGCAGGCAUUGGAUGAUGAUGGUAUUGCUGCUCCAGGACAAAUGAUUCGUCAAGAUGACCUCUUAGUCAACAAGCAAACGCCAAUGGUUACCAGGGGGCCAAUCUCAUCUGGAGUAGUACCAGAUAGUGAUUAUAGGGCUACACCCCUGAAAUAUACUGGUUUUACUGGAGAUAAUUCAGUGGUUGAUCGAGUGGCACUCUUCUCUGACAAAAAUAGCAAUCUGUGUAUAAACUUCAUAAUUCGCCAAACUCGUCGCCCAGAGGUCGGUGACAAGUUCAGCAGCAGACAUGGGCAGAAAGGUGUAUGUGGUACCAUUGUUCAGCAGGAGGAUUUCGUUUUCUCUGAGCGUGGCAUUUGUCCAGAUUUGAUUAUGAAUCCCCAUGGGUUUCCAAGUCGAAUGACUGUAGGGAAAAUGAUUGAGCUACUGGGGGGUAAAGCUGGAGUUUCAUGUGGCAGAUAUCACUAUGGAAGUGCCUUCGGAGAACCAAGUGGCCAUGCUGACAAAGUGGAAGAUAUAAGUGAGACCUUAGUGAAGCAUGGAUUCAGCUACAAUGGCAAAGAUUUCCUUUAUUCAGGCAUAACUGGAGAACCACUGCAAGCAUAUAUAUUCAUGGGGCCAAUUUACUAUCAGAAAUUAAAACACAUGGUUCUGGACAAAAUGCAUGCACGAGGUUUUGGUCCUCGUGCUAUAUUGACUAGGCAGCCAACUGAGGGGAGAGCUCGAAACGGAGGACUAAGGGUUGGCGAAAUGGAGCGUGAUUGUUUGAUAGCUUAUGGUGCUAGCAAUUUGAUAUAUGAACGCUUAAUGAUCUCAAGUGACCCAUUUCAAGUUCAGGUUUGUAGAAAAUGUGGAUUGUUGGGAUAUUACAAUCAUAAACUAAAAGCUGGUAUUUGUAGUGCCUGUAAAAAUGGUGACAAUAUAUCGACCAUGAAAUUGCCCUAUGCAUGCAAACUUCUUUUCCAGGAGCUACAGUCAAUGAACAUCGUACCUCGUUUAAAGUUGGCUGAUGCCUGAUUCAUUUGUUGGUCUUAAAAACGUUGAGCUCUGAAAUUCCACAUUGUGAUGAUAUUGAUAUAGCACAUUUCUUACAGCUAUCGUACAGAUUUUGUGAAUAAUGAUUCUAGUGUAUGAUGGAGAAAAGGUGCCUUUGACAUUGUGGAAUUGUAUCCAAGAGUUAAUGUUGCCUGUACUUGAGAGGAAGAAAAGAGAUUAAGGUCAGAAGUAAAAUGACUAAUCCCUUGGACACCAAAAUAAGGGAUGCAUCUCUUUCUUUUCUUGUGGACACCAGGAUGACUAAUUGCAUACCAAAAUAGAAUAAGAUGUCAAUUUUGGAUAUAUAAUGAAAUGAUGUUGGUACCACAUAUAUUGAAAAUAUAAAUUUUGGAUA